AUGUGGAUUUACAAUAGCAAAGAUGAGAUAGAGUUUCAAAAGGGUCAGUUAUUCACCAAUGUGGAUGCCUUCAGAGCUGCAUUGAAAGACUAUGUCAUCCAAAAAGGCUUUCCUAUUUUGAGAUUAAAGAAUGAGAAGAGUCGAGUCACUGCUGUCUAUGGUGUUGAGGGAUGUCAAUGGAGAAUUCAUGCUUCACCAGUGGCUGAUUCAGUCACUUUUCAGAUUAAAAGCUAUCAGCCAGAACACACUUGUGUUAUGGACAAACAAUGUGCUGAGGCCACAUCUGACUGGAUGGCCAAGAAGUUGGUUUCUGUCAUGAGGGAUCAUCCUAAUAUGACCAGUAAAGGGGUAGAGGCAGAGUUGCUUAAGUAUGGUGUGAGGCCUAGUAAAAUGCAAAUUUUUAGAGCUAAAAACAAAACACUAGCUGAGAUAGAAGGCACACAUGCUGAAUCUUAUACAAAAUUGCCAAGAUAUGCUGAGCUGCUAAGAAAGUAUAAUCCCAAUAGCAUAUGCAAAAUACAUUAUGAUAGGCCAAAUAUCUUAGUUGUGCCUGCCUUCCUAAGAAUCUUUGUUAGUUUCACAGCACAAAAGUUAGGAUUUCUGGAAGGGUGCAGACCUUUUAUGGGGUUUGAUGGCUGUUUCUUGAAGGGUCCAUUUGGUGGUGUAUUGCUCACAGCAGUUGCUUUGGAUGCAAAUAACAGUAUAUUUUCUUUAGCCUUUGCUGGAUUGAAUCUUGCAUAUGAGGAGAUGAUUCCUGAGGCAAUUGGAAGGCAUUGCUGUAGGCAUAUAUGCAGCAACUUUAAGAGUCAAUUUCCAGGUAUCUUACUUAGCAGUUUCUUUUGGAAGGUAGCGAAAAGCUAUGAUGCAAUAGGACAUAAUGAUGCAAUGGCUAGCAUUAAAGACAUUGACAUAAAUGCUUGGAAAUAUUUGGAUAAAAUUCCAAGAACUACUUGGUGUAGACAUGUAUUCUCAACUGAGUUGAAAUGUGACAAUGUCACAAAUAAUUUUACUGAGUCUUUUAAUGCUUGGAUUGGUGAUCGAAGAGGAAAACCAAUACUGACUUUGGUUGAUGGUUUAAGAAGAAAGUUCAUGAAAAAAAUGCACAAAAGGUACCAAAAAGGCUGCACCUUGACUGGUCACAUUACUCCCAGAAUUGUUGAGAAACUGAAAGAAAUUGGCCAAGCAUCAAGAAAAUGUCAGAUGCAUAUGGCUAGUGAGGAUACAUUUCAGGUUGGUGAUAUGGACAGGACCUACAUAGUCAACUUGAGGCAAAGAAUCUGUGACUGUGAUGCUUUUCAAAUUUCUAGAAUUCUAUGCAAGCAUGCAACAUUAGGAGUUAUAUAUAGGAAAGAAAAACUAGAGAACUACUGUGAAGUUUGGUUCACCAAAGACAUGUAUUUAAAAACAUACUCGCACAUGAUUCAUCCCAUUCCUCAUGUGAAGAGAUGGCCUCCUAUGCCUGAAGUGCUACCAACAACUGUCUUGUCACCACCUCUGAGAAGAGCUCCUGGUAGACCAAGAGUAAAUAGAAGAAGGGAAGUUGAUGAAACUGCUUGCACAACACAGGAAAAGAGGUCAAGCACUCUUAAGUGUGGAAAUUGUGGAGCUUUUGGUCACAAUAAGAGGACUUGCAAAGGAGCACCUGUGCAAAAAAGCUCUAGCAACACUACUCCUACUGAACAGAUGGCAAUUAGAAGAGGUAGACCUGGUAAAGGAAUGGCUAAUACAGGUCUGUCGAGAGCAGUUCUCUGGGAUCAUGCAACUAGAAAUGCACCUAUUGUGCACUCCAAUCAAGGGAGCAAUCCAAGCCUCCCAAGUCAAAAUGGUGCAGCACAUAUUCAAGUGAAUGUGCAAACUAUUGCAACAACUCAUGCUAAUAGAAAGAGAGGAAGGCGUUUUAGACACAAUCCUGCAACUUCUGCAACAAAAGUUGGUGGUAGAGUAAAAAACUUCAACUCUGCUCUAACUAAUCCAGUUGUUCUAGUUCCACCUAACACUACAUCUCAAAAUGCUUCAUCUCGGCAAAACCUGUUUUUAAUGGAGAAAGAAGUGGGUGAAUUCCAUGAUUCUCCCUUACGGCUUGAAGAGGCCAUGGUUGCAGCUAAAACUUUUAACUCAGAGCUCUAA